CUCCCGAGGGAGAGGAAGGGAAGACGGACCCCGGGGGGCCAGUGUCCAGCAGCCGGGACCCCUCAGCUCUGGGUCCAGGUGCGCGGCGAGCAUGGGACGCUCUCGGAAGAGCCUGGCCCUCGGGAUUCUCCUCACUGCUGCCAUUGGCUCAGGAAUCGUUGCCCUGAUCCUUGUCAUUGUGGAAGCCAGAGACGUGUACCUGCCCCCGGAGACCAAGUACGGGAUGGUGUUUGACGCCGGCUCCUCGCACACGUCUCUCUUCGUCUACCAGUGGCCGGCGGGCAAGGAGAACGACACGGGCAUCGUCAGCCAGGCCCUGGCCUGCGCCGUGGAAGGCCCUGGGAUUUCUUAUUACAGGGAAGAGCCCGCACGGGCCGGAGAGAGCCUGAGAGACUGCAUGCAAGAGGCCCUGGGGCUCAUCCCCGACCACCUCCACCGGGGGACCCCCACCUUUCUGGGGGCUACGGCGGGCAUGAGGCUGCUGAGCCAGCAGAACAGCUCCCAGGCAGACCAGCUGUUCGAGGAAAUCUCCAAGACACUGAGGCAGUUCCCGGUGGAUUUCCGGGGCGCCCAGCUCCUGACGGGGAACGAGGAGGGCUCCUUCGGCUGGAUCACCAUCAACUACCUGCUGGAGUCUCUGGUCAAGUAUUCCUUCGCAGGGAGGUGGAUGCUUCCGACGGCGGCGGAGCUAGUGGGGGCCCUCGAUCUGGGAGGGGCGUCGACGCAGAUCACCUUCCGGCCUCAGAGGCCCGGCGGGGACCCCGGCACCCAGGAGGACUUCCGCCUCUACGGGGACAACUAUACCGUCUACACUCACAGCUACCUCUGCUACGGGCGAGACCAGGCCUUGAAGAUGCUCCAGGCUCACCUGGUGCAGGCCAGUAGGUCCAGAAGGGUGGACCACCCGUGCUAUCCCAGUGGCUUCCAAGAGACCCUCCUCCUGGAAGGUCUCUACAACUCCUCCUGCACCAGACGCCCGGACCGCUAUAACCCCCGAAGCGAAAUCCUCCUCAGCGGAACGGGGGACCCCGAGGCCUGCUUCUCCGCCGUCCGAACCCUCUUCAAUUUCUCCUCCUGUGGGGGACGCGAGGACUGUGCCUUCAACGGCGUCUACCAGCCCGCGGUGUACGGCAAAUUCUACGCAUUUUCAGCUUUCUAUUACACCUUCAAUUUCCUGAAUCUGACCCAGGGCCAGUCCCUGAGCGUCACGAAUGCCACCAUCUGGGAAUUCUGCAAGAAGAGGUGGGACGAGUUGGAGACCAGUUACCCAGACCAGAAGAAACGGCUGCCUAAUUAUUGCCCCACGGCCGUCUACAUUCUAACCCUGCUGUUGGAUGGAUACAAGUUCACCGAUGAAUCCUGGUCCACCAUUAGCUUCAGAAAACAGGCCGCGGACGCCGACAUCGGCUGGAGCCUGGGCUACAUGCUGAACCUCACCAACAUGAUCCCCUCCGAAAAGCCAGCCUGGAGCCGGGCCCAAAACCGCGACGUCUGGAUCGCGGCCGUCUCCUUCCUCGUGUUGGCCGUCUCGCUGACCGUCGCGGCUCUCGCCGUUCAGUAUUUCUGCCGUCCCGCUUAGGCGGCGGACCGGACCCGUUCGGAACGGGGUGAGGACGGGCGGCCCUUUUGACUCGGCGAGGGCGAGUGUCACCAUCUCCCGUCGGUCCGGAUGAACCCCCGUUGAACUUGGGCGGAAGGAAGCCUCUGCGGGAGCGGGUGGACUCCAAAGUGCAGCCUGGGAAUUGGAUCGUUUUUCCUUUUCGGGGGUGGAGGGGAUUUUUCGGCCAAAAGGCCCUUGAGGGGAAUCGCUUUGGGGCGCAGAUGUUCCUGGCAAUGACGGUCUCUUUGGGAUCCGAUGGGGGGAGUUGGCAGGGACUCGACCGCACCGAGGGGAUGCCGCGACGCUGUGAGCUCAUUCGUUCGAUCCUAUUCAUUGAGCGCUUACUGUGUGCAGAGCACUGUACUAAGCACUUGGGAAGUACAGUUCAGCAAGUA